AUGAACAAAGAAUUUAUAGUUGGCGUCAUCUACAACCCUAUCUUGGAUGAAAUGUUCUCAGCAUCACAUCUAUCUGUAUCAAUGCUGAAUGGAAAGCCCAUUGCAGUGUCCGAAGUCUCAGAGCUUACAUCAGCAUGCUUGUCAACCGAGUGUGGGUCCGAUCGAAACAGUGCUAAGACUGAUUUCAUUCUCGAACAACUCACGACCAUGCUGCAAAACAGAGUGCAAUGUGUGCGAAUGAUGGGGAGCUGUGCCCUGAAUAUGGCCUACCUGGCCUGCGGGAGAAGUGAUAUAUACUAUGAGCGCGGGCCAUAUGCGUGGGAUAUGGCUGCGGGAGUGCUGAUUAUUCGGCAGGCAGGCGGCGUGGUUCGCAGCGCUGGGAAUGGCAUCGACGCACCUUUCAACCUUACUUCGAGAAGCGUGCUCGCGUACACACCGGGGAUGAGAACAGAGCUUGGUGAGGUGCUUUCACUUAAUUGA